AAAAUUACGGUGCUAAUAAAAAUUAGCGGUGUGAAUCUUUCGGUCACUUUGUACUUGAAGUUCAAUGUCGUUAUCAACGACGCGGCUUUCGUUGUUGUAGUUGUCCGGUCCUAAGUAGCACCGGUCGGUUCAGGGGCCUAGCCGUCGUAUACAAUAUCGGUGGUAGUAAUUAUCGACUAUCGGCAGCAUCCGAACAAGCUGUUGUUAGUUGUUUUUUUUUCGGUGUGCGGGCUGGAGUUUGCACCCUCCAAGUAGUUUGUGGUUUGGUGAUGUUUAGUGCUUCCAUUGAGAUGAAAAAUGCAAAUAACAAGCGCAAAGGUUACUGCCGCGAGACAGAAAUGCGUGCAAUUUGGUGCAAUUAGAGAAGUUGAAAGUGAUUCAGAAAAAAAUGGACAAUGCAGCAUACAGGUGAUGUUGUGGAAGCUUCUGGCUAGAAGAGUGCAACGAGUUUUAUCAUUUGAUGGUGUAUUUUUAGUAAAUGAAAAGUGAGUGUACAGUGCCGGUGAAGUCGAAGAUACGGUAGCUUAGUCAAUCGUAACUGCCAGCGACAUGGCUUUGGUAAACUACACACUGCCAUUCGGUAGUCUACAGGCUCCAAGUUGGGCUACCGUUAGCCCAAUUCACAAUCAGCAUGCAUCGGCGGUGAACAAUUUAUUGUACGGUCCCGGCGGUCAUCAGGAAGACGAUCCCAACGAUCAAGGAUUCUACGAGAAUAUUCCUUAUUCUCCUCCGCAGCAGCAGCAGCACAGUGCUUCUCAACAGAGUUCUCAGUACCGACAAGCCCCCAGAAAUAAUUAUCUACCCCCUUCCCAGCAGUCCUACACGCAACCUCCACCCAAACAACAGGUUUAUCAGCAACCGCAAUCCUCACAACCCUCUAGAACAUACGGAGAGGGUUCCUAUUCCCAGAUUGCUCCUUCCCGAGGUAGCCCGCAGUACCAAAAUCCAAGUUACUACAAUACCGGUGGGUACAAUCAGCAUCCGAAACAGCAACCAUCCAGCUUCAACGUUGCCAAUCAGCAGCCACCGAAUACCUACCGUGGUCCUGGUGGACCACCACCUUCACCCCCACUGCCUCCCAAAGUCCCACAAGCACAAGGCACGCCACCUCCUAAUCGUAUUCCACCGCCACCGGUGAGUAGUGGUCGCGGAAUUAGCAGUACCUCCGUUGGUGGUGCCUUCCCGGAGCGACCACCCGGCUUUGUUAAAGUGAAUGCCGGUCAAGGUUCGCGAACUCAAGUGCAUGCCGUGCUGGACUACGACGACGACGAGGAAGAAUACUACGACGAUGCGGACGAUGGUUCACCGAACGUGGCCGGUCGAGUUCCUGAUAGCCGUAAAAAUUCUCGUAUGCCAACGGUAACCCCAAUCCAGGGUCCAAUAUUUCUCAAGAAUGGAACAGUUCCUGUCGUGCCAUUAUUUGCGUAUCCUCAAGUCAGCAACGGGACGUUCGUCCAAAUUCCGAUUUGGUGGACAGCCCUAUCACUAGCACUUGGUCUCAACGUUCGAGGGGAUGUGAUUAAAGGUGUUCCUUGUGUUAAGAAAAAUCAUCAGCUGUUCUGUCCAACGGCGGGCAACAGUUACCCGAUAGAUAAAAUCGAAACAUUCAUCGAUGAGAACAAGGCGCUGAUGAAACGAAUGUACGGUGACUUUGAGAUGACGUCGCGGAAUCCACCGCCACUGCAGCCGAGUCGAAAACGGAAACGUCACCUGCAGGAAACCGAUGAUCAUUUUACGAUACUGCCGGAGCUGAUGGAUCUGUACGGGGUCCCUGGUUCGCCGGAUGCUCCGGAAAUGUUUGUCAAUGGUGCCGGUGAUUCCUACUUCGGCAAACUGCGCAACAAGAGGCAAAGUCAAAAUCGCGCCAACGGAGCUGGUGGAAAUGGGGGUGGUAGCAGUAGUGGUAGUAGUAAUGGCAGUGGCAGUAACAGUAAUCGAUCCAACGGACGGCAAGGUUCAACGGAUAGCAGCGGCGAAAGUACGGGGAGGGUUGACGCUUGUGAAUCUAAAAUCGAAAUCGUCACACCGUACUGGGCGUCCAAUUCGGCCGGGAAAGUGCGUGCCAUUGUGAAUACCCAACAUUUUGAACAAGCCAUCCACCAGGAAGUUUGUUCAAAAACCCAAACGUCUCGUUGUUCGGGUGACUGUGGUUGCGAACAGAAGUAUAAAUGGCAUCGGUUGCUGGCCUACGAUCCGGACAACGACUGCAAGGGAAUCUUCAUGGACUGGUUCUUGUUUCCCUCGUGCUGCGUUUGUCGAUGCAAUCCUUAGAAAAUUCGUGCUCGAGUUGACUGGAAAUGAUUCGAUCCGGAACAAAGUCAUGUUUCUAUUUUGCAAUAGUGAUGAUGUGCUCUUUAGUUUAGUGCUGUUUGUUCUAGUGAUAGUUUUAGGAAAAGGUGUGAACUAUACGAAAGAGAUUCAACCAUUUUUUUUUACCAUUGUAUUAUACUAAGACUAGCUAGUAAUUUGUAAUUUGGAGUAGCAGUUACCACCUGCACGAAUGAAGGGAAACAUAGCCAAAUUGUAGUACGAAACGGGCGAACUUUAAUAAAGUGUUAGGAAGAGAUGCGUUACCUACUUAAAGACGAUUAGGAUUUAUCGUUUAAACUAAGUUAUUGUCUGUAAAUAUCUAGAUUAAAUUAUUCGUACGAACAA